AUGUCCUAUCUUAAAAGUUUAAACAUAGAAGUAAUUCACACCACACCCUCACACUCGAGAGGAAAUGCAUUAGCUGAAUCAACCAUACGAUAUGUAUACCUAGCAAUAGGAAAAGCCAAAAGUCAAUUCAAAGAAUCCACAGUCAGCUGGACUGAAAUACUUCCAUGGACCACUUUCAUUCACAACACCAGCAUCUGCGAAUCCACAAACACCACACCAUUUUCUCUAAUGUUUUUGAGAGAAUCACCAAAUCCCCUAAGUAUGUCUAUGAGAUCCAACAACAUAUCUCUCUUUCAAUCAAACAGAACACAUGCAGAACAGUUGAGGCUUGCGUCUCUAGCGAAAGAAACAGCAAAUCAACACUAUCAAUCUUACAGAGGAGAGGAAAAUUUACGCUUGCCUAGCAAAGAAGAUUUCCAAAUGAAAGAAAAUCAACUGUUCUACCUCAAAAACAUCAAAAGAAAAAAGAAAUUUGACGCAGCAUAUGUUGGACCAUAUGUAGCAGAAAACUUUGAUCCAACUACAAACAAAAUCAAGUACCACAAGCCCACUGAAACUCGUGAACCUGCUAUGGAGAAUAACAACAUGCAGUAUGGAACUUGUUCUUGGGUUGGUGAAGCAUGGAAUAAUGACAAUGACAAGAUUCCAUUCCGCAACGAUUGUUCAGGAUAA